AUGGGCGUGAACCGGAAGAAGACGCAAAAGUCUCUCUCACUCGGGCGUCCCCCUACCGCCAGGCCACCAAAAGCUGCGUUUUCUAGAAAGACCGCGAGAACGCUUAUAAACCGGCAUCAUCACCUAGAGAAAAGGCGACAGCAGGCUAUCAGGGAUGGGGACGAGGGCAGUGCCGCCGCCGCCGCAGCGGAAAUCUCAGCCCUAGGCGGCCUCGAGCGUUACCAACAAGCCAGUCUUCUAGGACAGAGCAAGGAUCGAGGCGGAGACAGUUCACGGGUUCUUCUUGACUGGCUAAAGCCUUCCCUCUCAAGUAAGAACAAAGAGAUAGGAACUCAAAUACGAAUGCUCGAAGUCGGUGCUCUCAGCACAUCCAAUGCCUGUGCUGCCAGCGGCUACUUCGAGACAGUGCAUAUUGACCUGAACAGUCAAGCACCCGGGAUCCUCAAGCAGGAUUUCAUGGAGAGGCCAUUACCAUCUAGUGACGCCGAACGUUUCGACCUCAUAUCUCUCAGCCUAGUUCUCAACUUUGUUCCUGAUCCUGCCGCCCGAGGUAGAUUCUCUAGGCUCGAAUGGAAAAUUACUGGCAAGCUUGUCUAUUCCCUCUGGCGGCGCGAUGCCGCCGUCUCAACACCAGCUCGAUCAUUCCCGAAAAAGGAGAUCAAUCCCGGGCCAAAGAGGAAUAACUUCGCUGUCGUGCUGAAGGGCACGAAGGAUGCCUAG